GUAGAUGGGACAUCAAACAAGUUUUGUAAUAAAAACACCAAUAUCGUCGAACUAUAUAGCGAGAUAGUCAAGGAUGACACACAAAUAACGUACUACAACAGUGGUGUAGGAACAUAUGCUAAGGGCCAUACGCACUGGAUGAAGCAGGUCUUGAAUGUCUUUGAUCUGGCCUUCGCAUUUAAUAUCAGCCAAACCAUCAUGGACGCCUACAGAUGGCUCUCAGACAAGUACUGUCCUGGUGAUAAGAUCUUCUUGUUUGGAUUUUCGAGAGGUGCAUACCAAGUUCGUGCAUUAGCAGGAAUGAUCCACGAAAUGGGACUCAUAUUACCCGGCAAUCUAGAACAGAUCCCCUAUGCCUUCGACCUUUACUCUGCUAUCAACAGUGAAAAGUCCGAGGAUAAGAAACUUGCGGCGGGAUUCAAAUCGACGUUCUCGAGACAAGGCAUUGUAAUACAUUUCAUCGGCGUAUGGGACACCGUUUCGUCUGUCGGUAUCAAGAAGGAGAAGAUUUUACCGUCUACCGAUACAUGUGAUCACGUUUGCUACUUUCGCCACGCACUUGCACUAGAUGAACACAGGGUGAAGUUCCUACCCGAGUAUGUCUAUGGGGGUAUGAGCGAU